UGCUACUGCAGCAUCAUAAUGCCCUUCAGCAAAGGAAUUAGAGCUCAGCCGUAGUGCAGCAAAUCUCCCCAGUUAAAAUCCCUUCCUCAGUCCUGGUAGUACAACUACCAAAGAACAGCAACUUCCCUCUCUGUGAGGCUCUUUUAGACCAGGCUUUAUACCCUGCAAGCAGAAGAUGGGAUUUUACCAAGGGGGAUUUUCUUGAAGCUGGAGGACUGAAGAGUACUACAGCUCACCAAGCCCAGCCAGGAAAGGAUGGAGCAGCGGGUGAUCUGCCAAAGCUUCCUACAGCUGCAUCCACUGGCACUAAGAUUUCUGUUUCAACAGGUGCUGAAGGCUAAGAGUGGUAUCCUGAAAGAGAGCUCAUGUUUUGCUUCCAUUAAUUUAAUGUUAUUUGGACUUUUGAAUCAAUUCUUCCCUCACCUUCCCAGCCACUUACAGAAGAAGGGACCUCCUAACCCCUCAGCAGGAUGAACGAGACCAAGGGAGCUUUUGAUAGCCCAGAACUUUGGAGCCCAGGUUGCAUGCAGAGCAGCACCUCCCUGACCAGUCUGGCACCACCCUUUGCAUUUGGACAGCAGGCUAUGGACACAGCCCUGAAUGUAAUCCUUAUCGUGGUCCUCCUGGUCAUCAUGGUGUCUCUGGGAUGUACAAUGGAGAUAGCCAAGAUCACAACUCACCUCAGGAGACCUAAAGGUGUGGCCAUAGCCAUAUUGGCUCAGUACAGCAUCAUGCCCUUGACAGCAUUCAUAUUGGGCAAGCUCUUCCAGCUGGGCACCCCAGAAUCCCUGGCCAUCCUCAUCUGUGGCUGCUGCCCAGGGGGAAACCUCUCCAACAUCUUUAGCCUGGCACUGAGAGGGGACAUGAACCUCAGUGUUGUAAUGACCGCAUGCUCCAUGGUCCUGGCAAUUGGAUUGAUGCCACUGCUUCUGUACCUGUACUCGGGAGGACUGUCUGAGGGUGAUUUGGAGGGCAAGGUACCUUACAAAGGAAUAAUCACCUUCCUGGUGCUGAUGCUAAUCCCCUGUGCCACUGGCAUCAUCUUGAAUGAGAAGAAACCACAGUACACUGGCUUUAUCACCAAGGCAGGGAUGGUUAUGCUUCUACUGUCAUCUGCUGCUGUAAUUGCUCUAUCUGUGGCCAAUAUGGGAAGCUGUAUCAUGGUUGUCUUGUCACCACCUCUCCUGGGAACUUCUGCCUUAAUGCCCCUUACUGGAUUCCUGCUGGGCUACGCUGUCUCUGCAGCCUUCAAGCUUGAUGACCGGUGCAGACGGACAGUGUGCAUGGAAACUGGCUGCCAGAACGUACAGCUUGGCUUAGCUAUCCUCAAGGUUGCCUUUGCCCCAGAGAUCAUUGGCCCCCUGUACUUCUUCCCAUUGCUCUACUUGCUGUUCCAGCUUGGAGAAGGAUUUCUGCUCAUCCUGGCCUUUCGGAUCCAUGACAGAAUAAAGCAAGCCAAUGAUGCAGCAAAAAUUAUCUGUGCAGGGGUGGACACAUUUAGAGCUCAAGAAAUGAAAUCAGUAUUAAGACAUUGCAGAAACAGUGGAAAACCAGGAAAACAAUAUAUGGAUUCUACAGCAGUUGCUCUCACAACCCUCCAAGCUCCACCUUCUGCAGCCAGCUCAUAGGUCUCCAGCUGUUCUGUCAAACCUGUGGAAAUGCUCCCCUCACAGCAGCCACCGAGCCAUCUGCACCCACGGUUAUUCCCAGAGACUUUGCUCCAGACUAAGCCUCACUCUGUCAGACCAGAGAGGAGGCUUUCAGUGACUUCAAAGUCAUUGUGACAACCCUUUAGGACAGCUGAAAAACAUUCCAGUGACUGUCCCAGUUUUACCUGUAAGUAAAUCACUGCCUUUCUUAAUUUCACUUACCUGUAACUGUCCUGCUGGCACAUAAUGGAAGCAGAUCCUGACAAUAUCACUGCAGAUUAAUUUAAUUCCUUUAACAGACCCAGAAUGAGUUGUGAAGUUUCUCCAUGCAGAAGCCAGUGAGAUCAAAUGCACAGCCAAGCAAGCCCUUGGGCUGUUGGUUUCUCCCAUCCUCCAACAGGUACUAUGUGGUACCACUGACUCCCCAGAGCAGAGGCCACACAAAUCAUGAUCAUGGCUACAAACUGCCUUUGUAUGCGGAGUUUGGGCCCAGCAAGCUGUACCUCCAACACCAGAUGAACAUGCCUGCUUAAACAUGCCUGCUUUUGUAGCAGUCACUGAACUCAACACUACACCAGUUCUAGACACCACCUAGGUAUGGUCACACUACACACACAGUACCAGAAAAGACUGGCAUCAACAUCUCCCAUGUCCAGACUAUGCCCUGUAACUCAAAGGAGUUCAUCUUAAUUAAGAAUAAACUGGUUUGUACCAAGAACCUACAAUAAAUAAACAGCAUCAUUUCUUAUGCCAGGAAUCAACAUAAGCCUCCACACUGCAAAGCCUGGGAAUUGAACAGGAAGCUCAUCAUUUCAAGAGCCAGCUCCCCAGGGAUAAUGCAGGCACCUGCUCAUGCUGCUUGCACAGCAAGUGGUGUGGUCUAAAAACACAAUUUGGAACAACUAUUUAUGGAGCAGAUAAUACUUCACAUUUAACCUGAAAGAAGUCCGUGAUCCCUUUCAUCCCAUCCAAGUGCUUUCAGCUACUUGGGCUCCAGUGGAAGCCAAGUCCCACUUGGACACAGAUGCCCAUCAUCAUCCAAGUUAGGAUGACAGACUCAAGAUCUCUACACAGUUGUCCUUCCAACCCUGAUGAGUGUGAAUGCUAUCUUCACCCUGCACGUUAGAGCCCUCUUACUAGACACCUCCUGGGAUGAACAUCUGCACCACUAAGGCUCUGAGAAUGAAGCCUCCCAUUCCCCAAAGCUGAGUGGUAACAACCCAGUUAACUGUGGAUCCUACCCCCUUCCCAGCCCUGCUCUCAGGAGUGCCUGAGUGCCACCUCAACAGACAGACCCACGCAGUACAAGAGCUCCUCCUCCUUCCUGAGCCUGGUACCCCAGAACUCAGCAGCAGCAGGGAGAAAGGGCAGCAGGGCUGCAGAGGCCAAACACCCAACCUCCUGGCUCCUAGAGGAACCACCUUGCACUUCCCACGAUCUAUCCAAAUCUGAGCCUAGGCUACAAUGAUCUUUUUAAAGGUUUCUACAGAUUACUAGAAUAGCUUUGUAAAGCACUUUAUAAGAAAACACUUUAUUUUAAAAAAUUAAUUCUUAAGUUCUUGUGGGGGAGGGCUCGAGAAAUACAAGGACUGCAGAGAACUGCUGCAACUGGAAGGCACAAACUCUAAAACAUAGACCCUCAUGGUACUACUACUGCAUUACUCCCACCCACCGACUUCAAAAUCCCUCUUCCCCCAGAAUGAGAACUAAUGCUCACAAAAAUGGUUUAUGGACACUUCAGUGUUCUCAUACAAACAUGCACAAAAACACUAAGGAAGAAUGCUGACUACAUGUCUUUAACACUCCACACUUAUUAUCCCAAGUCAUUAAAAGCUAGAUGACUCAUCCACUCCACUUUUUGCUAUGAACUAUGACAGCCUGAUUAUCCAUGUUCUUAUUUCAGAACACAGAGACAUCCAAGGACAUCACACAAUGUAUUUAGAAGGAUGCUAAUUCUCAUCCCUGUCCAAAACAGUUAUCACUUUGGCACAGCUCCACCUUUAGGAAACAUUUUAACACAGUCACAAUCACUUUAUUAACAACAAGAAACAAACUAGAAGCAGAAAUGUUUCUUUAUACUUUAUUUGAACUAUUUCAUUCUUAGGUAUCAAGAAAUAAGAGUGCUUUUUAGAAUAUUAUUACCACAGGGCAGUGAAAUGGGCAUUUUCUUAGUGUAGUGCAAGUCUUAUUAAAUGAAAAUAUUUUAAAAUAAAGUUUUAUUACCAGUACCGAUCAGCACUUAAUCUGCUGACCUAUAGCUGAAACAAUGUCUCAAAAGCACAAAAAAAUACCCUCUGAAAUAAAGCUUUAU